ACAUAGAAAUGUAGGGUGCAGGAUUACUCCUAGCAGCAGACAGUUUUAGACGGGCUUCCCCGAACUAUAUUACUUGCACCUUUAAAUACGAAGGCGUGACUACGUGUUAAGUGGAAGAUUGUAACGGAGCGUCUUCCUGAAACCCGCCCUCUUUCCCACUCGCGUCCUAUAAAUAUGACGCUGAAGCGUCCGAGCUUCAGUCGUUCAGGAAAGCUCGAGGUGUGCACUGUGCCAAAUCACAGCAUUCCCUGUUGACAACGUGAGUCGGGACGCGUAACCUCUCGUAUUUACAACAAGUUUUUUGUAACUUAAAAAAAGUUACUCUAAGUGUUUUUUUUUGGACUGUUCAGUGAGAAUUAUUAAGUGUGACAAGAUGUUGGACAAAAGCAUCCUCGGUGGUAGUUGGGAAAGCGUGGUGUCGAGAGAUGACUACGAGAUUGACUACAGCCAGAGUCCGAGGGGGUCUCCCUUGAAGGAUACGUCUAACAUUCAAGAUGAGCCGGGCUACUGCAUCAGCCGUCACAACCCGAACAAGACCUUCCGAAGGGAAUCUGUCAUCGCUUCGUGGAAGAGUUUGAAGAAAGAGAGGGAGUUGGCUUUGGGAAAGCGUUUUAUCUACGUUGAUGCUGAUAGCUACCAAGAUUACUAUGGCAGGAACAAGGUUAAGCGCUGCAAGAGCGACAGGGCACCUAAUACACCCAGGGUGCCUAAAAAAGUCAAGCGCACAUACUCCGUACUCUAUAGAUAUGACCCAUCUGAAGAAAAAGUAGUAAAGGAGUACAAGUACCAGCUUCCAAAGGAUUCCGAACCUUCAAGCCUGCCAGUUAUGCAGAAAUCCUACUCGGAACCUUUCUUGAGGUCUGAAUCAUCACCUAAGAAGAAGGUUAAGAGGUCUUUCACGACCUUGCUGAACAUUAAGACGAAGUUCUUGAACAUCUUCACGUCCAAGAGUUAAAUUGGUGAAGAGAUUUAACUUGGAUUAAUUGCUCAAUUUAAUGCAUUUUAACAUUGGUGUAUUACGUUUUCUUACAAGGUCGUAAUCACCAUGUCUAGUCGAAAUUUUGCCUAAGAGGUUCAAUGCCAGAACCGUCUAUUUUGAUAUGGUAGAAAUAUAAACAAAAUUGUAAUGGGAUAGGUCAACAUAUAUAGAAGUGUUGCCAGCUCUAAAAGUGGCUGAAUAUUGGAUUUUUUAACACCUGUUAACUUUGUAAGCUUGAUUAAAAGUUUAACUUUACUAUAUUUUGAAAUGCCAAAUGUAUUCAUAAAUAUUAAGUUUAGGAUAUAAUUUGUGAUAUUUUUGUGUGUUGUGAUAUUUUUUUAUACUGUCUAAAGUAUCUUUAUUGUAAGGCAUCUUAUAAUAUUGCAUACAAGAAUAAGUUAUUAAGGUAAAGCAAUUAACCAAAGAUAUGCUUAUAUCUACUUAAGUAGAGUAAUUGAUUAUAUUAAUUAGCAUUAAUAUGAAUGUAAUUACGAAUCUUAAGUACGUAUGUUUAAUUGUCAUACUAUUCUUUAUAUUUGAUAAAAAUGUAAAAGCAAUAGGGACAUCCAUGUUUGCAAAGUCAUGUUUUAUUCGUAAUUGUUUAUAUUUAUUAAUGAGUAAAUAUAAAUAAAAUUACUGUUAUUAUCUAUUAAUUGUAAUGAGCAGAACUUAAUUGAUUGCUUCAAUUAAUAUUUUGUUUAAAUACGGAGAUUGUGAUUUCAAAUUAAAAAGCUUUGCAUUUGAAAUUAUGAUUGAAUUCAUUGUAUUUAGAGAUAUAUAAAUACUGAUGUAAUUUGUAAAUCUAAUUUCAUAAAUAACAAUAUAACCAAUUCUUUAUAUUUAAACACAUUAAAUAUAAUUGUAAUUGUUAUUAUUGACUAACAAGCUGCACUAUAUAACUUCAAUAAAUACAUACUAAUUGAAUAAAAAUAUAUUUUAAUAAUAAAUAACAUAUAACAUUUUUAUUUAAACAAAGUUCUCAUUCCUUUAGUGAAAUAAGCUUUACUUAGAUUAAAUAAUAAUUAAUUUUAAGAAUUAAUAACAGUUAACAACUACUGUUAAUAUUAGAAUAUAAAACAUAUCAAUAAUUCCUAGUAUACUUAGUAAAAUAAAUAAAUGAUAAAAUGGUUAUGUGAUAGAAUAUUUGUAUGACAUAAUUGUAUAACUGAGAAAGUAUUAAUUAUGUAUUAGGAUAUUAAUAUAAACAAUAAUUAAAUAUAAAUUUUAUGAUAUGAAUA